GGCUUUUUUCGCCUUCCGCUCAGGGUUGAGCUGACAGGCAUUAGGGAUCUGCCGGCCAUAAGGACGCUAUCACGAGAGCGACAGAUUGACACCGAAAUGCGGACCUCGCCCUUAAUCAGGGACCAUUUGAAAUGGGAUUUUUCCUCGUUAUAUAACAAGAGGACGACCGAGACGAUGGGGGGAAUGAAGCAUGUUAUAUUAAACAGAGUGAUAGUCCCUUUCAACUCUUCUGCAAAGGCUCCCGAAGAGCUUCACGACAUUGAACUCCAGGUCCCCACCAAGAGUUCCCUCGCCGAUGAGAAACACUUGCUAUCCACGGACCAAAUAAAUCAACAAGCAAUCGGUGGUUCAAACGGUUCUGGAACCGAGCUGUCCGCAUUGGUCGCCUUCCCAGGAUUCUGUACGCCGGAAUCAAACCUCCAGUUCACUGUACUCAAGAUAUUAGUUUAUGUCGUAUGCAAUCUGCUCAUUGGAAACGCACAGGAAUUGUCGAUCAAUUUUGCACCCGAGA